AUGUCCUGUCCCCCAAACAACACAGCGUUUCCUUGUCCUCCAAACAACACGAUGUUUUCCUGUCCUCCAAACAACACAGCGUAUUCCUGUCCCCCAAACAACACAACGUAUCCAUGUCUUCCAAACAACACAACGUAUUCCUAUCCUACAAACAACACCGCGUAUUCCUGUCCCCCAAACAACACAGCGAUGUCCUGUCCCCCCAAACAACACAGCGAUGUCCUGUCCCCCAAACAACACAGCGUAUUCCUGUCCCCCAAACAACACAACGUAUUCCUGUCCCCCAAACAACACAGCGUAUUCCUGUCCCCCAAACAACACAGCGAUGUCCUGUCCCCCAAACAACACAGCGUAUUCCUGUCCCCCAAACAACACAACGUAUCCAUGUCUUCCAAACAACACAACGUAUUCCUAUCCUACAAACAACACCGCGUAUUCCUGUCCCCCAAACAACACAGCGAUGUCCUGUCCCCCAAACAACACAGCGAUGUCCUGUCCCCCAAACAACACAGCGUAUUCCUGUCCCCCAAACAACACAACGUAUUCCUGUCCCCCAAACAACACAGCGUAUUCCUGUCCCCCAAACAACACAGCGAUGUCCUGUCCCCCAAACAACACAGCGUAUUCCUGUCCCCCAAACAACACAGCGUAUUCCUGUCCCCCAAACAACACAGCGUAUUCCUGUCCCCCAAACAACACAACGUAUUCCUGUCCCCCAAACAACACAGCGAUGUCCUGUCCCCCAAACAACACAGCGUAUUCCUGUCCCCCAAACAACACAACGUAUUCCUGUCCCCCAAACAACACAGCGUAUUCCUGUCCCCCAAACAACACAGCGAUGUCCUGUCCCCCAAACAACACAGCGUAUUCCUGUCCCCCAAACACACAGCGAUGUCCUGUCCCCCAAACAACACAGCGAUGUCCUGUCCCCCAAACAACACAGCGAUGUCCUGUCCCCCAAACAACACAGCGUAUUCCUGUCCCCCAAACAACACAGCGAUGUCCUGUCCCCCAAACAACACAACGUAUUCCUGUCCCCCAAACAACACAGCGAUGUCCUGUCCCCCAAACAACACAGCGUAUUCCUGUCCCCCAAACAACACAGCGUAUUCCUGUCCCCCAAACAACACAGCGUAUUCCUGUCCCCCAAACAACACAGCGAUGUCCUGUCCCCCAAACAACACAGCGUAUUCCUGUCCCCCAAACAACACAGCGCUACACAACACCAUAAAAAAACAGAUAUUUAUGACAGCCAGUGUACAUGACAUGAUAGAAAUAUUACAAGGCUUAUAUGACAAUUAG